ACAGCUGGAGGUGGUGGACAUUACCAGCAAACUCAGUCUGGACCCAUGGGACUUGGCCCCUUUCCUGAGGACGCCACUCCGAAUCCCUCCCUCCAAGAUCAAGCUAAACAUCACAUUGUUAAUCUCCGGUCGCAGCCUCCGUUUUCCAGUCAAAAUGGCGGGGGUGACAAUCCAGUUGGUGAUCGGUCAAAUGCCCAGAUGACCUUCUCACCUGGUCUCCCCUCCAGGUCACCCCGUCGACGGACCGGUAUUAUGUCACCCCCGUAUCAAGUGAGCACUGGAAUUUUCUACUUUCCCGUCGUGAUUUUCCCCUAUGUUCGCAUCUGGUUUUAUAUAAUCGUCAUUGUUACUAAAAUGCCUGCUAAUAGUGACAUUUUCUGA